GAAGCUCGAAACAAAUGACUGUGAAUGAAAAGCCCUAUAUGCAUCUUUUAUGAAGUUUUUGAUUUGUUUUGUUAUUUACUUUUCGUAUAGUUUUACACCACGAAAAUGAUGAAUCCUAAAAGAUCGUCACAUAUUGCACCAAAAACAAAUGCUAGACACAACGGAAAAUUAAAAGAAAUACUACAGUCAGUUACUUACAAGCAGAAAUGUGAGCCAAAAGUUGAGGAGCCCGACGUAUUCAACGUUCCAGUUAUUAGGCAAAAUGAGAAUUGUAACCUACUGCCUAAAUACACAUCAGUUUUGGCAAAGUCUGGAGAAGAUGGUAUUUCGAUGGUGGAUCUAGACAUGUUGCAGCAAGAUUUAGAAAAGCUUCUGUCAACUAGCGCUGUUCGAAUUAGAUACUUACUUGCUGAAAUAGGGGAAAUAGACAAAAAUUGUGAGAGUCCUGAAAAAAAGACACAAGUGAAAACUACUAUUAAACGAAAACAUAUAGAUGAAAAACCUAAGUUUAAAGAUUUUAAGGUUACGCUACCAAAGAACAAUUCUGACAAAUUUUGGGCUUCCAUUGAACCUUUUUGUGCAUCAGUCACCAAGGAUGAUAUGUCAUUUUUAGAAUCGCUCAUUCAAGAAUACUCGCGACCAAUCGAUUGUAAAAUUCCAGAUACAGAUGAACAUUAUUCUAAUUCUUGGUCAGAUGAUAGCAUUAGUGAGGAUUCAAAUCCAGCAAAGAAAAAGAAUUCUGCCACAAACGGAAUUAGGAAAAAUGGAUUACAGUCGCUGGUUGAAUCAUUCUCUAUAUCUCCAACGCAAAAACUAUUAGCCCAGUUACUGGAAGAGAGGGUUCCUCAUUAUCCAAGAAACGGACUGAAUGGUAUUAAAAUGAAUCAGUUAAAAGAUGUGUCAAAAAUAAAAACUACAGUAAGUGCUCAAAAAUAUGGUACCUGUUUAGACAGACGAUUAAAAAAGGAACUAUUGGAACAGGGUAUUUUAACUGUAGAAGAUCUUACAAGGAGCGAACCUGAAGAUGAAGUUCUUAGCGAAAUUAAGAAAUGUCGGCAAGAAUUAGUCGCCGUCAACGAAUUCAAUUUAGCGGAACUAAACAGACUCAAGCAAGCGACUUUGAAUGACUUACACUGUAAUGAACUGAAACUGCAUUUAGAAAAGUUGGACAAACACGUAUUGGACUUAUACAACAAAAUAAUCGUGACAAGAAAAACCGCGCAGCAAGAAGAAGGUGAUGAUUUCGAUAAAGAUGUGUUUUGCGAGCAAAUGUCGAAAGAGUACGAAAAUGAGGUCGACGAGUUAAUUACACAACAGUUAGAGCUUAAUCGGUGUGCAGAUGAUUUAUUUUCAUCUACGCAGAGAAUUUAUUGAUGGUUAAAUUCAAUAUAAUUGGAUCGUCCAAUAAUUUAACAGCCAUUUUGUAUUUCAACCCUUUUCUUCUUUUAACAUCAUAACCCUGGAUGGGUCUUUGCCUGCUGGCCGUGUCCUUCUUCUCUAUUGUCUUAUGUACGUUUUUCCCCUGGAAGCCGCCUGUUGUGAACCGAUCGUACUGCAGCCACUUGGCUUAUUGUACAUCUUCCAUUCCUCUAUGAAAACCAUUCCAGAAUUUUGGUACCCUGUACCAGCUUAUACAGGUCUAGUGGGUGGGUGCCAUAUAUAUAUUUUGAGUCACUUCGAUGUCUCCGAAAAGUGUUUGCCGCCUUCAAUGCCUCACAGUCAUGCAAGAUAUGGUUGACUGUUUCAGGUUCUCUGUUACAGAGUCUGCAGCUCCAUGAAACAGCCCCAUUUUAUGCAGGUGGCCCUUAACUGGCGCAAGCCCAGUGCGGAAACUUGUUAUGGCUCUGAGCUGAUUCCGGCUUAUUUUCAGCAGUAAUUCACGUCUUGUCAUGUGUUUGACCAGGUACACCUCCCAGUGUGAGUUAUGUUGGCUUCGGAUCCAGGCUUUUUUACUUUGGUCGUCUGUUGUGAACCGGCCGUACUGGAGCCACUUGGAUUAUUGUACAUCUUACAUCCUCCAUUCCUUGAUGAAACCCAUUCCAGAAUUCUGGAAUCAAGUCUCCAUGAAACAGCCCCAUUUUAUGCAGGUAACCCUUAACUGGCGCAUACCCAGUGAGGAAACCUGUUAUGACUCUGAGCUGAUUCCUGCUUCUUUUCAGCAGUAAUUCAGCUCUACUAGCACAUGUUCCUCCGAUAUACAUCUUGCCAUGUGUUUGACCGGGUAUACCCUCCCAGUGUGAGUUCUGUUUACUUCGGAUCCAGGCUUUUUUUCGUUCGCGGACGGUGCUUUUUGGCACUCCCACGGCCUUCUGUGGACCCAGGUAUUUUGUAGCAGAUGCUCUCCUGGCAAGUGCAUCAGCUCUGUCAUUGCCGUAUAUGCCCCAAUGACCUGGAACCUAAUCAGUAUAACACUGUUAUGUUGCGCCAGUCUGUCAAGUUCUUAUUCACAUUUCCACACUAGCCUAGAGUUCACCUUAGGGCUUACAAGAGCCCCAAUGGCUGCUUGGCUAUCUGUGCAGAUGUUAACUCGCUGCAGUUCGAAGACCCUCAAGUUGUUUUCUCUGAAAAACCGCGCAGCAAGAAGAAGUCGAUGAUUUCGAUAAAGAUGUUUUUUGCGAGCAAAUGUCGAAAGAGUACGAAAAUGAGGUCGACGAGUUAAUUACGCAACAGUUAGAGCUUAAUCGGUGUGCAGAUGAUUUAUUUUCAUCUACGCAGAGAAUUUAUUGAUGGUUAAAUUCAAUAUAAUUGGAUCGUCCGAUAAUUUAACAGCCAUUUUUUAUUUCAACCCUUUUCUUCUUUUAACAUCAUAAACCUGGAUGGGUCUUUGUCUGCUGGCUGUGUCCUUCUAUUCAGAUCUCUCUUGUGUCCUUCUUCUCUAUUAUCUUAUAUACAUUUUAUACCCCUGGAAGCCGCCUGUUGUGAACCGAUCGUACUGCAGCCACUUGGCUUAUUGUACAUCUUCCAUUCCUCUAUGAAAACCAUUCCAGAAUUUUGGUACACUGUACCAGCUUAUACAGGUCUAGUGGGUGGGUGCCAUAUAUAUAUUUUGAGUCACUUCGAUGUCUCCGAAAAGUGUUUGCCGCCUUCAAUGCCUCACAGUCAUGCAAGAUAUGGUUGACUGUUUCAAGUUCUCUGUUACAGAGUCUGCAGCUCCAUGAAACAGCCCCAUUUUAUGCAGGUGGCCCUUAACUGGCGCAAGCCCAGUGCGGAAACUUGUUAUGGCUCUGAGCUGAUUCCGGCUUAUUUUCAGUAGUAAUUCACGUCUUGUCAUGUGUUUGACCAGGUACACCUCCCAGUGUGAGUUAUGUUGGCUUCAGAUCCAGGCUUUUUUACUUUGGCCGUCUGUUGUGAACCGGCCGUACUGUAGCCACUUGGAUUAUUGUACAUCUUACAUCUUCCAUUCCUUGAUGAAACCCAUUCCAGAAUUCUGGAAUCAAGUCUCCAUGAAACAGCCCCAUUAACUGGCGCAUGCCCAGUGAGGAAACCUGUUAUGACUCUAAGCUGAUUUCUGCUUCUUUUCGGCAGUAAUUCAGCUCUACUAGCACAUGUCCCUCCGAUAUACAUCUUGCCAUGUGUUUGACCGGGUAUACCCUCCCAGUGUGAGUUGUGUUGGCUUGGGAUCCAGGCUUUUUUUCGUUCGCGGACGAUGCUUUUUGGCACUCCCACGGCCUUCUGUGGACCCAGGUAUUUUGUAGCAGAUGCUCUCCUGGCAAGUGCAUGAGCUCUGUCAUUGCCGUAUAUGCCCCAAUGACCUGGAACCCAUACCAGUAUAACACUGAUAUGUUGCGCCAGUCUGUCAAGUUCUUGUUCACAUUUCCACACUAGCCUAGAGUUCACCUUAGGGCUUAUAAGAGCCCCAAUGGCUGCUUGGCUAUCUGUGCAUAUGUUAACUCACUGCAGUUCGAAGGCUCUCAAGUUGUUUUCUCUGAAAAACUGCGCAGCAAAAAAGUGAUGAUUUCGAUAAAGAUGUGUUUUGCGACCAAUGUCGAAAAAGUACGAAAAUGAGGUCGAUGAGUUAAUAACACAACAGUUAGAGCUUAAUCGGUGUGCAGAUGAUUUGUUUUCAUCUACGCAGAGAAUUUAUAGAUGGUUAAAUUCAAUAUACAGUAGACUCGCGAUUAUCCGAGGUAACUGGGACCGUGACUACCUCGGAUACGGAAAAACUCGGUUAACACUGAGAUUGGUUUUAUUGAUAGAAAAACACAUAAAUAAUCAUAACUGUGGAUCUUUUAAUGACAAAACUAAUACAGUACUGUCUAUAAAAGAUAAAAACAUUUACCUUAUCAAUAUUACUGUUUAAAAAAGUCUUUGAUUUUGCAUAAGCUUUAUUCCUCUUUUUGAUUUUGAGGCGGCGAUGUUACGUCAAGGUUGAAAAUUGUAACUCACCUAUUAUGACUUUUGCCUCGGUUAACCGAGGGGCUCGGAUAACCGAGACUCGGACAAUCGCGAGUCUACUGUAAUUGGAUCGUCCAAUAAUUUAACAGCCAUUUUGUAUUUGUCUUCUUUUGGCGUCAUAAUCCUGAAUGAUUAUUUGCCCGUCGGCUAUAUCCUUCUAUUCAGAUCUCUCUUGUGUCCUUCUCCAUUGUCUUAUGUUCAUGGGUUUCAGGUCGUCUUCCACGUCAUCCAACCAUCUCGUUUUAGGCCGUCCCUUUUUCCCCUUCCUAAUUUGAAGAGUACAGGGGAAAAACAAGGAAUGUCACAUUUUAUUCAUAUUGUAGGGCAGUCAAUGAGGGUAUUUAGCUCCGAAUUCCAUCCUACUACAUCGAUUUACUUGAUAUUUUCACAGUAAGUAGGUAGCUCAAGAAACAAAGUCUGGGUUCCCACCCCUUCUCGGGGGUGAAAAUUGUUUUGGUUAAAAUAGCCACGAAAGAGGCUAGAUAACACAAUUUUAAGCAAAAACUGUUCUGUAAUUAUUUUUUGAAAUCUCAAUAUUUUUUGAGUUAUUCGUGAUUGAAAAUUGGCCAUUUUCAUUGAAAAAUGACACCUUUUCGGACGGAUUUUUGCGAAUAGCUUAAAAACUAUGCAUCUAACAAAAAAACUAUACAGGGUAGCGAGAAAGUAUGGAAACACGGAAAUUUCUCGAAAACCGCUUGAACAAUUGUUAUAAAUUUUGGUGGGUAAGGGUACUCUAAUACGGCCGACAUUAUAGUGGUAAUUACAUUGUUGUCAAAUCUUCCGUUUUUCUGGAAAUCUAAUGAAUUUUCUUAUUUUACAUGGAACACCCUGUAUAUUUUUUGUGUUUUGAAGUCCUUAAGAAAUACUGAUUAUUUUUCAUGUUAUGUUCCCUAUACCAAUGCCAUAAUUUCGGUGUUAAUGCUACAUUUAUUUAAAAAAAAAAAAUUUAACAAAUUAUACAAAUUUAUUUUUUUUGGACCGGGUAGAUAUUAUUUUAGGUUCUUUGGGUCAUUGGGAACAAAAAAGGUCUUUUGUAAUUUUCCUCAAAAGUUAAUCGUUUCCGAGUUAUAAACAUAUUAAAACUGAAAAAAUUAAAAAAUGGCGAUUUUCUGGAUUCAACAAAAAUAAGUAAAAAAUAUUAUUUUUGAAACUAUGAAGUACCUAAGUUCAAGUUAAAAUCUUAUGUUAUCAGAUGACGAUAAGUGAUUUGGUCUUAUUUCAUUCUAAAACAUUAUUUUUUAGUUGUUAAUGCAGCCCGAUAGCCCGUCCUCGCAUAUGAGCUUUAUUAACAAUUAAAAAAAAACAAUAAUUUAGAAUAAAAUAUGCCAAAAAUUCUUAUAGAGAUCUGAUAAAAAAGGUUUGAGAUUGAAUUUAGGUACUUCAUAAUUUUAAAAAUGAUUUUUUUACUUGUGUUUUUGAACCUUGAAAAUCGUCAUUUUUCGAUUUUUUUUUCAGUUUGAAAUUGUUUAUAACUCGGAAACGAUUAACUUUUGAGGAAAAUUACAUAAGACCUGUUUUGUUCCCAAUGAUCCAAAGAACCUAAAAUAUAGCCUACCUGGGCCGAAAAAAAUGAUUUUUAUAAACUAUUGUUAAAAUUUUUUUCUAAUAAAUGUAGCAAUACCUCCGAAAUUAUGGCAUUUAGGUAUAGGGAACAUAACAUGAAAAAUAAUCAGUAUUUCUUAAAAACUUCAAAACGCAAAAAAUAUACAGGAUGUUCUAUUUAAAAUAAGAAAGUUCAUUAGAUUUCCAGAAAAACGGAGAAUUUGGCAACAAUGUAAUUACCACUAUAAUAUCGGCCGCAUUAGGAAACCCCUACCCACCAAAAUUUAUAAAAAUCGUUCGAACGGUUUCCGAGAAAUCACCGUGUUUCCAUACUUUCUCGCUACCCUGUGUAAAAUAUUUCUGUAGGUUAAAAAAAAUAAAAUUCGUUCCUUCGUAAAUCUUCUAGUUAAAAUACAAAGACGGAUAUGGUAGGUAAGAAGAGUUUGUUUUUUUGCUGCAUGCUCAAAUCGGUGUAUUCAACUUGAAAUAACAGAGAAACUGUCGAUUUUAGAUGUAUAAUGAUACUAAUAACUUUUGUAGUGCUUGAAAAUACCUUUAAAACGAGCAAUACUAAAUGUCGAUUACAUUCAAACUAAGCGAGAUAUUCUGCAAAAAAGUUGAUGACUAAUGUAAUUUAAGAUGAAAUGAGAAGUACAUUUAACCCCUAAUCCGUCAGAAUUUAAGUACAUCGUUUUCCUUCUACAAUACUUUUUAUUAUAGUGUUAUUUCUAUGUUCAAAAAGUUGGACUGGAUUAAAAUAAAUGGUUUUUGUGUCAAAAAUAUACUGCAUAUACAGAUACGCUGUAUCAAGAACUAAAAAAACUUACUACCGAUUAGUAUCACUACUCUAUUAGCACAACAAGACAAAGGAAUUUACGAUAUUUUAAUUAAAUUUAUCUUAGAAGCUAAGAUAGAUAUAUGAAAAAGUAAUUAUACCUAGAAAAUACAACCAAUUUUAAAUUAAAAAAUUCUGUGGCAAAUAGACAUGUUCUAAUGCCAUCCACUCUCAUCACACACACACAAAUGGUUUUUGAAAAAAAUAAGAUCAAAUUAUAUAGCGCAUUUUUAAAUUUUCGUAAAAAUCUUUCUUUUCCUCCAUGUAACUCGAAAAAGAUAAGAGAUACGAAACAAGAUACCACACAAAAAUGUAGGGCUUUUUCAGAUAAAAAUUUCCUUUUUAUUUUUCAUUACUGUAUCUCUUAUCAUUUUCAAGUUAUAUGGAGAAAAAGGAAGCUUUUUAAGCGAAUUUAAAAAUGCGCUCUAUAAUUUGAUCUUUUUUUUUAAACCAUUCAUUUUAAACCCGUCCAACUUUUUGAACAUAGAAAUAACACUAUAAUAAAAGGUAUUGUAGAAGGAAAAUGAUGCAUUUACAUUUUGGUGGAUAGGGGUUAAAAUUACUUCUCAUUUUUUCUUAAAAUACAUUAGUUAUCAAUUUUGUUUGCAGCAUAUCUCGCUUAGUUUUAAUGUAAUGGACCUUUAUUAUAGCUCAUUUAAAAGGUCUUUUCAAGCACUACAAAAGGUAUUAGUAGCAUUAUACAACUAAAAUCGACCGUUUCUCUGUUAUUUCAAGUUGAAUUCACCAAUUUGAGAAUGUACCAAAAAACAAACUAUUUUCACCUACCAUAUCUCUUUUUGUAUUAUCACUAGAACAUUUAUGAAGGAAAGUGUCUCUUUGUUUUUAUAGCCUACAAAAAUGUUUAAUAUAGUUUUUUUAGUUAGAUGCAUAGUUUUUAAGGUAUUCGCAGAAAACCGUUCGAAAAGGCAUUAUGUUUCAAUGAAAAUAGCCAAUUUUUAACCACGAAUAUCUCAAAAAGUAUUGAGUUUUCAAAAAAAAAUAUAGAACAGUUUUUGCUUAGAAUUAGGUUCUCUAGCGAAUUCCGUGGUAAUUUUAACCAAAAAAUGUUCCACCCCUAAGAAGGGGUGGGAACCACCUCCAAGAUAAAAGCACACAUCGGCUUAGGGUAGACUUUGAAUUAGGAGACAAGUAGAGGCUAGGCUCAAAAUGUCAUUAAAAUCCAUGCAGUAGGAUAGAAUUAUCCUACUGCAUGAAUAUUAGUCUAUAAUCUUAAGAUAAUAUUAAUCUAUAUUAACUUAUUAAUUUAAUAAUGCACCAAAAAACUGCCAACAUUCCUUAUUUUUGUCCAGUGGCGUGCGGACAAUCCUGGUCCUUUGCCUGGAUACAAAUUCUUAAAAAAUUUAUAUAGACUAAUCUUUCUGGUUAUUGUUCUGCAUCGAUAGUCUAGUUCUAGUAGAUAGUACUUAGUUUUUGCUACCACAUGGCGAGAAAAGCCAAAAUUCAUGAAAAAGUGACAUUCCUUUGUUUUUCCCCUGUACUCUUCAUUUGCUUUGUUGUUUGUGCGUUGUCUUGUGACGAAAAAGAGCUGUUUUCAAUAAGACCAAGUUUGCAAAAAUCGAUUAAGCAGAACCGGACUUACAGCGAUUUUUUCAUAACAAGGUUCCCACUCACCCCUACCUCUUAUUUGCACAGGUAGACUUAAACUUUUAAAAUAAAAUAUGCGCAGAAUUUUAUGAAGAAUACGAUAAUCGGAUUUCCAGUGCCCUUUCAUUAGACAAAUUUUGUAAAAUUUCGAUUUUUUAAUUUUUGAUAUUCAAUUACGCCCUCUAGCGGUGGACUUAUAAUUAUGAAAAUAAUUUCCAGGCUUUUCUCGAGCCAACUUUUCUUAUAAAAUUUGUUUUCCCAAAGCUGUACUAUAAACGGUUCCUGAGAUAUGGCUUCUUAUUGGGACACCCGGUACAUAGUAUCCUUGAUCAUUUUUCAGGAGCCUUUUUAUGUAGACCAAAGCUGUCCCCCUUUUCUUGUAGUAAUUAUAAUUCUUCACAACGUUUUUUCAUCCAGAUUUCCUUUUCGUCAGCAUUAGCUAUAGAAGGUGUGUACUAUUAUUUAAUGUUGAAAUUCAGAGCAAAGGUUUGACUUUGGAGUACCCAGUUAUAUUGUAUUUUUAGUACUUAAUCACUCUAUAUAAGUUUGUGUAAAAAAGGCUGUAUGUUUUUAAUUAUCUGAAUGGUUAUUUUGAAAGUGUCGCUUGAAAAAGCAUUGAGUAGAAGAAGUAUAGUUGUUCUGGAUAUAAGGUAUAUAUUAUCUUGAUAAUUGAAGAGUGUAAUUAAAUAACUGAUUUAACACAAAAAACUAAAACUUCGAAUGUUCAAGGUUGAUGUAAUAGUAACUUCAAAUCUUUUGCAUAUUGAACAAUCAACUACAAAAAAAACAAAAUAAAUAAAUAAAUAACAAUACUGGAAAGAAAAUAAUUUGAUUUCUAAAUUUUAUGAACGACUAUAAGUGUAACAGUAAAUAAAAAUACACUUCACCAAGAAAUUAAUGCACCACCUUAAAAAUGGAUCGUUUUUAAUAUCUCAAAUUCCCUAAAUCUGUUGUCCGAUUUAAGUGAUUUUUUAACAUGUUAUAGCCUUAUUCUUUAACAAUACCGUUGUAAUAAAAUUGUUGCUAGACAGGUAAAUUGUCAUUGUAUACCAGGUGUACCAAUCACACUGUGCUUUUUUCUCAAUUUCGUGUGACCCUGUGGAUUAUUCUAGCAUGUAUAAAAUACUGAAAAUCAAAACCCAACUAUAGCUUCAUGUUUUCUUAAAAUCCUGUUUUUAAUUCAUUCGCUGAUGUAUGUUGGAUAAUAAAAAAGUUAGGUACUUUAACAACUAGCCCUGUUUUUUCAUCAAUGCAGGGUGUUUUUAGAUAAGUAUGGCAAACUUUAAGGUGUAAUUCUACGUGAAAAAAUAAUGACAGUUUGCUUUAUAAACGUAUAUGCCCAAAUGCUUUGUUUCCGCGAUACGGUAUGUGGAAGAGGGUGUUGAAAUUUUUCUUACAAACUGACGAUUUAUUUAUUGCUCUAAAACCAGUUGAAAUAUGCAAAUGAAAUUUGGUGGAUUUUAAGAGGUAGUUAUUGUGCAUUUUUGACAUACAAUUAAGAAUUCUAUGUUCACCAUAGGUGCACAUAAGGGUGAUAUAUAAUACCUCUUAAAACGUUCCGUGCGGAUGGCAUACAUGUUAGCCACAUAAUGACUUUAUCAAUGUGCGGACGGAGCGCAUGUAUAGCAUUAAUUAUACACAUUUUUAAUGUGUUUUUUUUUUGUCAAUUCAGAGUAUAGUUCUUAGGAUCAGAUAUCCGCAUGCAAUGUGUUAAAACUCACCAAAGGACAUCGCACACAUCUUAUGGAAAAUAUAAUGUCGCUCAAAUUCAAUAAAAUUUAUACCAAUAGAUUAGUUUUAAAUUAACGAUCAAAUCUUAUCAUUGCGCCAACUCUCUAUUUUCAAAAAUAAGAGCAGAAAUUGAUAUAAAUAAAUCUGAAAUCAAAUGGGUAGGUACAUAAGUUAGAGAGAGAAAAAAUAUUUUAAAAUACCCAGAUUUUCGGUACUCCAUAAAUCAGCGGAUUAGUUUCACUAAUCCGCUUAGGCCCAGCGGGAUUUAAGCUGUUAUGAAUAGCACUCAGAGCAAUAAUGAUUGUAAACUAACAUUUUAUGGACUCCAAAAAUGUGAUUUCGAUAAACUUUAAUUGCAAUUUGCGCCGUAAUUAAUCAUAAUUAAGAGUUGGCGCAAUGAUAAGAAUUGAUCGUUAUAUUAAAACGAAUCUAAUCGUAUAAAUUUUAUUGAAUUUGAGUGACAUUAUAUUUUCCAUAAGAUGUGUGCGAUGUCCUUUCAGCAGCAUUUCUUAACCGGUUUUAGAGCAAUAAAUAAAUCGUCAGUUUGUAAGAAAAAUUUUAACACCCCGUAUCUCGGAAACGAAGCAUUUGCGGACAUAUGUUUAUAAAGCAAACUGUCAUUAUUUUUUCAUGCAGAAUUACCCCUUAAAAUUUGUAGUACUUAUUUAGAAACACCCUGUACUGAUAAAGAACAUGGCUAGUUGUUAAAGUACGUAACUUUUUUAUUAUCCAACAUAAGCGAAUGAAUUGAAAGACAAAAUGUUAAGAAAACCUGAGGCUACAGUUGGGUUUUAAUUUCAGUAUUUUAUAAGUGCUAGAAUAUUCCACAGGGUCAAGCGAACUUUGAGAAAAAAACACAGUUUGAUUGGUACACCCGGUAUACAAUGACAAUUUACCUGUCUAGCAACAAUGUUAUUACAGCGAUAUUGUUAAAGAAUAUGGCUAUAACAUGUUAAAAAAAAUUAAUUAAAUCGGACAACGGGUGUAGGAAAUUCGAGACAUUAAAAAUUACCAUUUUUAAGGUGGUGGUGCGUUAAUUUAUUGGAAAAGUGUAUAAGUUUUAAAAAUCCACAAGGAGAAAAUUUUCCUGUAGUUGGCUGUAUGCCAUAAUACAAAAAAACGAAUAAAAUCCUUAAUAAAAGGUAUAUAUUUAUCACAUUUCGAUUGACCAAUCAUCAUCAGUGCUUACUUAAAAUGAAUAUAACCUGAUAAAAUGAUGCAAAGGUUUUAAAAUUUUGACUACGGUUAAGUAAAGUUGUAGGUUAUACUCACGUGAUCUAACAUGCUAUAACCACCAAAAUAUAAUAUUACAAAAAUACGAGGGUAAAACCCCUUUAAUAGCAAUCCGUCAAGGAAACAUUGAAGAAUGAAAUUCAAAAAAGAAAAUACAAGAAAUUCAAUGUUUCCUUGACGGAUUACUUUUAAAGGGUUUUUACCCUCAUAUUUUUGUAAUAUUAUAUUUUGGUGGUUAGCAUGUUAGAUCACGUGAGUAUAACCUACAACUUUUCUUAACCGUAGUCAAAAUUUUAAAACCUUUGCAUCAUUUUAUCAGGUUAUAUUCAUUUUACGUAAGCACCGAUGAUGAUUGGUCAACCAAUCGAAAACUAGUUCUGUGAUGUAGCCCUUUUUAGGGAUUUUAAAUAUAUACCUUUUAUAAAGGAUUUUAUUCGUUUUUUUUUUUGUAUAAAUUUUAUCACUAUUUCUCAGCUUUUUUUCUUUCAUUUACUUCACUACUUUGGCCAUUGUUCUUCUUAUAAAAUUAUCCAUAUUUUAAAAUACAAAUUUCCUAAAAUGGUUUUAUUAUAACCGCUAAUAACAUUGCGUUCCACACUUUAAGACCAUUAUUAACAACAUAUAAAUGUCUUAUAAAUCUUUUAGGUAUUAAUAUAAGUUUCAAUUAUUCAAAUAAUGGGUGGAACGCAUACAACGUAGUAUCUGCUAAUGCUUGAAGUAUGUACUACAUUUUUGAAAUUUUUACUACACUUACACAGCAUUUACUUUCCUCCGUAGCAUAUGCUACUAUUUACCAAAUACAUAGAAGAAUGAACUACGCUUUUGAAGAAUAAAUAAAUUUGCGAGUUACGUAAUAUUUGCUUCAGUUUAAGCGAAGUUGGUGGAUGAACGACUUCGGUGUAGGUGUUUUUUUUUUGUUGCAAAAUGGCAACAUUCAUGAAUUUUAAUGAACAAUAAUUGUUCUUUUUUAUCCUCGCCUAACUCUUUUGUCGGUUCGGAAUCUGAUUCACUCAUUUUUACUCCUUUACAAUUCUAUUAUACAGGGUGUUUCAUUGGGAAAGUAACAUACGUUAACUGUAGAAAGAGGACACUUGGGCAGUCUCAAAAACACCAUACUUAAUGGGUCUUACUCCAUUAAUAACAAAGAUACUGUGUGUUUUAUCUAUUUUGGUUCAUAACUUUUUAACCACACUGUAUAUUUAUUUUAUAUUUGGCAGCCAAUUAUCCUUUACGGUGUACAAUAAAUAAAUUUAUUUACAAUUGUAAAAAAUCAAGGUCAGGAUUAAAAAUAUUGGAUAAAUGUUCCAACUCAAAAACAACACCCUGUGCAUUAAAUUUUUUUAAAAUGGAUUUUUCAGUUGAAAGGAGGAUGAAAAACUAAAUUUAUUGGUAUACUUUGACUUCUCGGCAAAAUUAUUUUUCUUGUCAAAUUUUGAAUUUGAAUUUUGAAAUUAUGUGAAUUGCGAGAGCUCUAAGAGAAAAAAAAUUUAAAUACAACUUACAACUUGUCAACCGCACUGUAUAUUUAUUUUAUAUUUAACACGCGAAUAUUCUUUUAUGUGUCCAAUCAAUUUAUUUAUUUACAAUAAUUAUAAAAAAUCCAGGUCCCGAUUAAAAAAAUAUUGUAAAUAUUUUCAGACCCAAAAAAACACGCUGUAUAUUAAAUUUUUUUAAAUUGGAUCUUGCAUUUGAAAGGAGGAUGAAAAACUGAAUUUAGUGGUAUACUUUGAAUUUUCGGCAAAAUGAUUUUUCUGGUAAAAUUUUGAAUUUGAAUUCUGAAUUUAUGCCAAUUUCGAGAUCUCUAAGUAGAAAAAAAAUUAAAAUGGACUUAAUUUUAAUCAAUACCAUUAUUUAAUCUAAAUUGGUGAAAUGUUAAUAUUUCAGUGUGUUUUUAUUUUGUGUGACAAAUAGUUUGUGAAUAUUCAUCUUUAAAUAAUGAAUAAAUAACAAAGGGUCAAUAAAGAAUACAUCACUUCAAUCAACAAAGUAUCUAAAAAUUUAACAAAACAGCGAAAAUUUGCAGCAUAAUAACUAUUCAAAACUAAAGUACUUAUUCAAAAUUACCACCAUCAAAAAUUAUUGUUAUGUGUGCAAAUGUUAAUAUUUUACCACUUUAGAUUAAAGAAUGGUAUUAAUUAAAGUUAAGUCAUAUUUUAAUUUAUCUUACUUUGAGCUUCGCAGUUCACAUAAUUUCAGAAUUCAAAUUAAAAAUUUUACGAGAAAAAUCAUUUUGCCGAAAAUUCAAAGUAUACCACUAAAUUUAGUUUUUCAUCUUAUUCUCAAAUGCAAAAUCCAUUUUAAAAAAAUUUAAUAUACAGGGUGUUUUUUUGGGUCGGAACAUUUAUACAAUAUUCUUUAAUACGGACCUGGUUUUUUAUAAUUGUAAAUAAAUUAAUUGAUUAGACACCUAAAAUAAUAUUCGCGUGUUAAAUAUAAAAUCAAUAUACACUGCGGUUGACAAGUUGUAAGCUGUAUUCUACUUAGAGCUCUCGGAAUUCACAUAAUUUCAGAAUUCAAAUUCAAAAUUUGACCAGAAAAAUCAUUUUGCCGAAAAUUCAAAUACCACUAAAUUUAGUUUUUCAUCCUCUUUUCAACUGAAAAAUCCAUUUUAAAAAAAUUUAAUGUACAGGGUGUUGUUUUCGGGUCGGAACAUUUUUCCAAUAUUUUUAAUCUGGACCUGGAUUUUUUACAAUUUUAAAUAAAUUAAUUUAUUGUACACCUUAAAUGAUAUUUGCGUGCCAAAUAUAAGAUAAAUAUACAGUGUGGUUAAAAAGUUAUGAACCAAUUAAGAAAAGGGCAAUAUAGAUAAAACACCCAGUAUCUUUGUUAUUAAUGGAGUAACACCGAUUAAGUAUAGUAUUUUUGAGACCGCCCAAGUGUCCUCUUUCUACAGUUAACGUAUGUUACUUUCCAAUGAAACACCCUGUUACGUUUAGUAGUAGUUAAUUCUGUUGUGUAGUAUUUUCUUCUCAACAAAAGCAGAUACUUUUAUGUAAAAGAAAAUGCUACAAAGUAGAUACUAUUUGCUGAAGCAACAGCAUCUACUACGUUUUAUGCAUUCCACCCAUUAUUAGGUAUUAGCUAGAAGAAAUAUUGGAUUUGGGAACUUCUAGAGUUAUUUAAUUACAAUAUUCAAUUAAUAAUUUUGGUUUAAUAUUUAUAUUGUACAAUCACGUUGAUUAAUGGGUAUAAAUAAGCAUUGACUGGCGAUCUUUAGUUUUUUAAUAUCAUUAGAAAUACGUAUACAAUUAUUACAAAUCAAUAGAUAUUAAGUUUAGAAUGUAUUAAUAUAGUUCCUACUAUAUUGAUGGAAAUAAACGUUUUAUUUCAUAAAAGAA